GGGUUUUUUUUCAGUAUAAUACAGGUGCCAUAUGUCACGGUUAUCAGUGCCUAUGCCUCAUUGACGCAUCUUUAGUGUUGUUAUAAGGUUUUAUGUCUAAGUUGAUGCAUUGUUCAGACAUGCUCCUGUGAGGUGUUUGUUAUAUACAAUAGUUUUCCACAUACUUAUUAUUAUUAUAUUUGUGUGAUGAGCAUGGGUGUUUUCCAUUGUCUGUGUGUAUUUAUACAUUAUAUAAGUAUUUAUAUGUAGUAUAUAAUUGUAUAUUAAAAUUAUAAUAUCAACUAUCUUAGCACUCAUAACACAAGCUACUCUGUAUGCUUACUUUGGGGCUAGAUAGUGAUGUGUAUCGUUUAAGUAUAUUUAUUUAUUUAAAAAAAAAAAAAAAAACUUAUGCAUAUCAAAAAGACCAACUGUUGGUGUGUAUUUGUGUUAAAUACAUAUAUUUAGUGUAGAAAUAUAUCUAAUGUUAUGUGUGUACUGUGUAGGUAUAAGUGUGAGAGAAACAUAGGUGUCAAAGUAAAAAGUGUACUUAGUUUAAAAAAAUAAAGUUUAAAAACUAUAAUCCGACUACGUAAAAAAGUGAUACAAAUAGGACGAAACAAGAAACUAUUUGUGACAGAAAUCGGGAAUGCAUAGGCACAGGCAUAGGCAUAGGUACAAAAAUGAUCAUGGUAGAGCCGUGGUCGCACCCAUUAUAUACCUACCGCGUUAUACUUAUGUUUAAUGGAGGUAUUCCCUGCAUAAUCACAGAACAUAGGUAGUAGGUGCGAUCACGGCUCUACCAUGAUAAUUUUUGUACCUAUGCAUUUCCCGAUUUCUGUCAAAAAUAUUUUCUUGUUUCGCCAUUUUUAGAACGCUUUCUUACGCAGUCGGAUUAUAGUUUAAAACUUUAUUUUUUUUAAGUACGUACACUGUUUCUCUCACUUACACAGUACACACAUAAUAUUACAUACAUUACACAUCAUCACCAUUAACAACCAGUGGCGUGCACUUCAUAGAUGCAUAAACGCAAUGCAUACCCUGAGGAUUCAUUACGUACCUGUAUUGGAGACGGAAUUUUCCAUCCAUGCACUAUAGGUAUACUAUAGUGCAUACCCUAGUUAAAAACCUUGUGCACGCCACUGUUAACAACCCAUAGUCGGCUUCGGCUGACUAUUGAGCACGAGUCUCUUCUCAGAAUAAGGGGGGGUUAGGCCUUCACCACUACGCUGGUCAAAUGUGGAUUGACAGACUUCACAUACAUACAGAAUUAAGAAAAUUCUCAGACCCCAACGAACACAUGGUCCGCCUCCUCAAGUACAAAGCCCCAGUAGUGUGCUACACGGCUGUAGGCAGCGACUCCAUCAGACUGGACCUGGACCUGGACGGGAAGCAUAUCCUCUCGCACGUGUUCAAGCUCGGAGAGGAACAGGAAAUGGUGAAGGUUGAUGGAAAUAAAAUAAAGAUGACCUACAGCUUAGAAAACGAGAAUACGUUAAAACAAGUAGUAAAGAUGCCCGACGGAAAAACCGCGUACUUUAUCAGAGAGUUCAAAGAGAAUGAAGUGAAAAUGACAGUCACAAUGGACGGCACAGAUCUAAGCGCUACGGUACACUACGAAAUUCUUCAGUAGAAGAUUGUUUACUAACUAGAAUAAUUUAUUUAUUGCUAAGUUUAUUUUAUUUAAGAUAUGAAACAGUAUUUAAAAAAGAUAUUACCUACCUAGUCAUAAA